UAAACGAGGACGAAAUUUCUAAUGACGCAAUGUCCGGCCUCUCAUGAGGUGGCUGGAUGGGUCACUAGAGGGCUGUCGUGAGUCUUUGCUCUCUUCUGCUACUGUACAACGUUUUCUGUGCCCGCCAGACUCGCGUCGGAGGAGCAUUUAUACCGCACGCACACGCCAGGCAACGCGAUGAGUUUCGACGUGAAGAAACUGAAAGUAAACGAGUUGAGGGACGAACUCCAGCGCCGCGGCCUGGAUGCUAAGGGCCUGAAGGCGGAUCUGGUGGAGCGGCUCAAGGCGGCGCUGGAAGAGGAAGCCCUGGCCGAGUCGCCGGGCGGCGCAGGAGACGAGGAGCAGGGCGACGAGGACUUCCCGGACGAUGGGGACGAAACGCAAGAGCAACAAGCAGAGUCCUUUGCUGAAGGCGACGGCGAUGCGAUGCUAGAGGAAGACGAAGGCAGAGAUUCGGGCGGCUACUACGAGGAAGAGGAGGCCGAGCCGGACGGCGAAUGCGAGCCGUACGAGAGUCAGCCGGCGUCAGAUUCUGGCCACAGCGUGCCAGACUUCAGUGCUGACGCGAGCCUUCACCAAACCGCCGCCAUUGCAGAGGCAGUCGUCAAACUUGAACCAGACGAGGAGGAAAAUGUUGCUGUCAAACAAGAAAUAAAAGAGGAGAUUAAAAUCGAGGACGCCCCAGAGGCGGCCGGCGACGCAGGGCGAGUGGCCUGCGGAGCAGAGCCGAAACGCGGACAAGAAGGCGGGAGUCUGGUAGAACAGAUGAAGGUGGAGUCUGAAAGAAGCGGACACCAUGGCCGAAAGCGACCGCAUGAGGAGAGCAGGGGCUACAACUACUAUGAGCAUCGUGAAGAGAAGAGAUCGUGUACCCUGCAGGGAUCGCUCUCCAGUUGGCAGUCUGAAGACGAAAGGUCUCGCACACCACAGCCGCCCGCAGAAGACGAGGAAGAGAACAUUGAUGACACACUUGUUACUAUCGACACAUACAACUGCGAUUUACACUUCAAAGUGUCCCGUGAUCGCUACAGCGGCUACCCGCUGACUAUCGAAGGGUUCGCCUACUUGUGGGCGGGCGCACGGGCCACCCACGGGGUCACCUGUGGGCGCGUGUGCUACGAGAUGAAGAUUAAUGAGGAAAUUCCCGUCAAGCACCUUCCCAGUUCGGAACCGGACCCGCAUGUGGUCCGUAUCGGAUGGUCCCUCAACCACUGCAGCACACAGCUUGGAGAGGAGCCCUUUUCCUUCGGAUAUGGAGGAACUGGAAAGAAAUCAUCGGACUGUAAAUUCGCCAACUAUGGGGAGAAAUUUGGGGAAAAUGAUGUCAUCGGCUGUUACAUAGACUUUGACCAAGGUGAAGAAGUUGAGAUGGGAUACUCCAAGAAUGGUGUGGCGCUGGGUGUAGCGUUCAAGACCACCAAGGAGGCGUUGGCGGGCCGCGCGCUCUUUCCCCAUGUGCUGGUGAAGAACUGCGCUGUGGAGUUCAACUUUGGACAGAAGGAGCCUUACUUCCCCCCACCUGACGGCUUUAGCUACAUCCACAGCGUGGGCCUGGAGGACAAGGUCAGAGGCACCAAAGGACCCGCUAGCAAAGGCGAAUGCGAGAUUCUGAUGAUGGUGGGCCUGCCCGCCUGUGGAAAGACCACCUGGGCUAUCAAGCACGCAGAGACCAACCCUGAGAAGAAGUUCAACAUCCUGGGCACCAAUGCAAUCAUGGAUAAGAUGAAGAUGAUGGGCCUGCGGCGCCAGAGGAACUACGCGGGUCGCUGGGACGUUCUGAUCCAACAGGCCACACAGUGUCUCAACCGGUUGAUUGAAAUCGCCGCACGCAAGAGACGCAACUACAUCCUGGACCAGACAAAUGUAUAUGGAUCAGCAAGGAGACGAAAAAUGCGUCCUUUUGAGGGUUUUCAACGCAAGGCUAUUGUAAUUUGUCCCACGGACGAGGAUUUUAAAGAGCGAACAUUAAAGCAAACCAAUGAGCAGGGGAAGGAUGUGCCCGAUCAUGCUGUGUUAGAAAUGAAAGCCAACUUCACCCUGCCGGAGGCGUGCGACUUCCUGGAGGCGGUCACCUAUGUCGAGCUGCAGCGCGACGACGCCGACAAGCUGCUGAAGCAGUACAAUGAUGAAGGGCGCAAGGCAGGCCCGCCGCCCGACAAGCGCUUCGACAACCGGCAGGGCGGAUUCCGCGGCCGUGGCAACUUCCCACGCUACGAUAGCCGCGACGCGCCCCGUGGCGGUGGAGGGGGCGGUUACCAGAACCGCAGUGGAGACGCGGGAGGAUACAGAGGCUACAAUCGCGGAGGAUAUGGUCAGAACCGCUGGGGGGGCAACAAUAACAGUGGCAGCAGCUACCGUGACGGUGGCUCCGACUCCCGCUCCGGAUACCGCAGCCAGUCGUCGGGAAGCAGCUACAACCGGCCAGCUCCUUACAACAAGGGGGGCUACAACCAGGGCUACGGCCAAAGCUACAACCAAGGCGGCUACAACCAGGGCGGCUACAACCAGAACUACUACGGGAACUACAGUCAAUACCCGGGCUAUAGCCAGAGCUACAGCCAGCCGGCCGCCCCUGCCCAGGCGUACGGCCACCACCAGGCCCCCACUCAGCAGCAUCAGGCCCCUCCGCAGCAGCAUCAGCACCCCCCUCAGCAGCAGCAGCAGCAGCAGCAGCAGCAGAGCUACAACCAGCAGUAUCAGCAGUAUGCUCAGCAGUGGCAGCAGUACUACCAGAACCAGAGCCAGUGGAACCAGUAUUACAGCCAGUACGGCGGCUACCCUGGACAGGGCAGCCAAGGCUCAUCUUCCGGCUCCCAGUAGCUUCCCACCCCACCCGCUCUUCCUGUGUGCUGACCCCCUCCUAAUUCCUCGCCAUGUUUUUUUUUCUUUUUUUUCUUUUCUAAAUCAAUCUUAUGUAAAGCGGUUGCGUGGUGAUAGAUGCUAGCAAGCCCCGUGCUAACCCUUGCUUUGUGUGGAUAAGAGGAAAGGCUCUUUGUAGCGUUAUACAAUGUAGACAUGGAGGGAGUGAACAAAAGCAUGCUUUUUACUUUGCAUUUUCUUUUUCAGUCAUGCAUAACAAAACCACCCUUUUAGACGCUGUUGUAUUCAAGUGUUGACACUUUGAGUAGAGGCAUUUUGAUUUUUGAUUUUUUUUUUUUUUUUUAUCCUAUUGUCAUUGCUGUAGUUUAAAUCCCAUUUUGUCUCCAAAAUGAUUUUCUACCAGUGUGAAAAAGCUGAGCAUUGUCUUGUCUUUAUACAAUAAAAGCAGUUGUUCACACUUA